UAGCUUGCGCGUCUUGUACUUAACAGUCGUGUAGGUAUACGCCCAUUUAUCGAUGGUAGGUGAGCGGGCCGUGGUAUUCAAUGGCUUUGCCACAUAAGAAACAUCGCAUUUGUUUAAUAGGACGCGCCAUCACCCUACCUCCUCUCGAGUCUCUACUGCAGUAUGAAUCGGAUAUGUAGUGCGUAACCUAAGUAGAGCUAGUAGAGCUGCUGGUUGUAUAGCACAGCACUGAUAACCCCUAAAAACUCCAGGCAGCCCACUACCGGUAUUGUACAGGUAGGUAGGUAGGUACUUACUCAGGUGUACAUGUAAGAAGACCUGGCCACUGUGGGGCUUGAACCAUGCCCCUCGACCUUGGAUUAAAAGAGCUGCUCACCCGACAUGCAACUUCUUGGUGUUCACAUGCUCUCUAUUCACCUGAUCUACUGAAUACUUGAUAGGCAAAUUCUGGGGAGGGACACCUCUCACCGCUCCGUUCCCUCUGCAAGAUCCUGUCCUCCCGGGAGUCCAUCUCUCAACCCUUCCCGUCAUCACAACUGCUCCACCCCGCGAUGACAUCAGAUCCGCCGCGAGGGCGAGGGAGCUCUCCCACUGGUAGCUUUUACGCCAUGAGCGACGACGAAGAGGGCGAGUACAACACCGUCACUCACACCGAGACAGGCCGCGGAGUCAAACUAUUGUACUCCAAAAGCAAGGUGUAUAUUCACCCAACACCAUCAGCCAAAGACAACAUCCCCGGCUACAUCGCUCUGCUACAGCAGAAAGGUCUUUCGGACGGGCGGCCAACUUCUUCUUCCUCACACAUGUCCCACGCGCCGGCCUCAUCGGACCUUCUCCUGGCUUGGCUUCCCGAGUCUUCUCUGGGUGACGCUGCUAGUAUCUAUGUCAAAGUUGACCUAACUGAUGGUGACUCCCCUCCGAAACAAAGUUAUCUAGUGCCAUCGCCCCCAACCGUAACGACCCAUCGGGGUUCAAUCGGCCAUUAUGCAUUUGCUAUACCUGUGGGCGCCAUAUACUCUCUCCUGGUACGCCCUCCAAGCCUGGGCUGGUGGUUUGGCUCUGUGGUAAUCAACACUAGGGCUGGAGAUAGCUUCCCUGCGCUCUUUUUCCACGACAGCGAAUGCCAGUCGACUAUUUUACAAAAGAAGAAGCUAGCAAGAGAGAGCUUUGAUCCUUUUGGCGAAAAUGGCCAGGUAUUUUGGGGUGGCGAUGAGGUACUGCGCUGGCUGAGGCGUUACGUUCGUAUUGAAAGGAGCGUAGUGGAGCCAAACAUCUAUUUAGUCGAACCAAGCAAGGAAGAUAGUGACGGAUUUGGUGGGCAGGCUAGCUCUAGCACGCCAACACAGAUUGGUCGGCGCGACAGUUCACGUGGUAUGUCUGUACAAGGAGCUGCGGGAACUUCAGCUGCCGGUCCAAGCGGGCAAACGCACGACGGUGGCAUGGACCCGGUAAUGAAGUUCGUCAAGGAAACCGGCUGGAAUAUCAUGGAGAAGUUUAGUAAAGUGACGACGUUUACUCGAAAGACAGCGCAAGACAUAAUCGACAAUCCUAAAAUACCACCCCAGGUCCGAAGAUUGAUGGGGAAUCCUGAGGUGCAGACCAUCCAAAGUGAUUUCGACAGUGCGAGAAUAUAUCUAGCCCGAUGGGCGAUGGGAAUUGCAGAACAGAGUGAGAAAGACCGGACAAAGCGGAUAUGGACUGCAAGAGAUGUCAUGGAAAUGGAGGACACAGACGUGGGCGAGUUUGAAUUACUGGAAACGAAUUCUAUGUCACUUGAAGAUCGGCGAAAUCGGGUAACUCUCCAAGAAUGGAAAGGUUUUUUCGACAGUCAUACAGGCAGACUCUCAUGGACGAUUGACGAAGUUAAGGAACGAAUUUUCCACGGAGGACUAGAUCCAGACGAUGGAGUUCGCAAAGAAGCUUGGCUUUUCCUCCUGGGUGUAUAUGACUGGUAUAGCACGCCUGAGGAACGAAGAGCCCAAUUGGCAUCGUUGAGAGAUGAAUACGUGAAACUCAAGGCAUCAUGGUGGGAGAGGCUUGUCGACCUGGGUGGUGAAGGUGAAGAAGGUGAAUGGUGGAGAGAACAGAGAGGAAGGAUCGAGAAAGAUGUGCAUAGGACUGACCGCAUGGUUCCCAUAUUUGCUGGUGAAGAUACCCCUCAUCCAGAUCCAAACUCUCCCUUUGCAUCCGUAGGAACAAAUGUCCAUAUGGAGCAAAUGAAAGACAUGCUCCUCACUUAUAACGAGUACAAUAAAGAUCUAGGCUAUGUCCAGGGGAUGUCUGAUCUGCUCGCACCGAUAUACGCCGUAAUGCAGGACGAUGCUAUGGCUUUCUGGGGAUUCCAGCAUUUCAUGGACCGCAUGGAACGAAAUUUCCUUCGAGAUCAGUCUGGCAUGAGAAACCAGCUUCUUACCCUCGAUCACCUAGUCGCAUUUAUGGAUCCGAAGCUUUAUGCUCAUCUUCAAAAGGCCGAUAGCACCAACUUCUUCUUUUUCUUCCGUAUGCUUUUGGUAUGGUACAAGCGGGAGUUCAAGUGGAUGGAUAUCUUGCACCUGUGGGAAAUCCUUUGGACGGAUUACCUGAGCAGCAGCUUCCAUCUCUUCAUUGCCCUAGCAAUCCUAGAAAAACACCGUGACGUCAUCAUGGCUCAUCUCCAGCACUUCGAUGAGGUACUCAAGUAUAUGAACGAACUAUCCGAAACCAUUGAUCUCGAAUCUACCUUAAUACGUGCAGAGUAUCUAUUUCGCCGCUUCCAACGACUCAUCGAUACCAUCGACAAGAAACAAAACUUCCCAGCGCCAAGGAUGCGUCCAGGUCCAGGCCAGUCAUCUCCAUCGUCUAACACUGACUCUUCGCCUCAACAGGGGAAAGGGAAAGCUCCAGAACAAGAGUUUGAUACGAAGACCAUCACCCCUGAGCUUCGCAAACUUCUAAGUAGAAACGUCGAGGUCCUCCCUAGAAAGGUGGUCCAUAAACAAGGUGACGGUUUCAAGACUUAG